CGAGUCUAAACCGGAAGCGCGAAAGUAAAAACAAAAACAAACAGGUGCUUGUUGUGAAAGUUGUUAAAAUUGAUUUAGGGUUUCAGACAACAAAGACGUGCUUAAUUAACGAUUGUUAAUUGAUUCCGGUUAAACAGUUUAAGAGAGUACACGUGUCACAACCGGUAUAAGUUAUGCAAUAGUUUGUGGUGACCACGUAUUUGUCAUAAAAAUAAGAUAGGUAUAUCAUGUCAAUUUUUAAAGUAACUAUAGGCCUACCAAUUUGAACAGCAUCUCAAAAAUAAAAGUCCGAUGAACGUUGUUAGCAGUAUCAAAAAGUUCUUUAGAAUGUCUGAUAAGAAGAAAAUAGUUACAGCAAUUUCCAUUGGAGCUGGCAGUAGAGGACAGACAUAUUCCAGCUAUGCCAUUCACUUUCCACAAGAGCUACAGAUAGUUGGUGUGGCUUGCCCCGUAGAAUUUCAGAGAAAACAACUUCAAGAAAAACAUAAAAUACCAGAUGGAAAUACUUUUAAUGAUUGGAGUGAUGUUCUGAAAAAAGAUAAAUUUGCAGAUUGUGUUAUUAUAACCACACCAGAUGAGUUACACAAAGAACCUGCUGUGGCUUUUGCUAAAAUGGGCUAUAAUAUCUUAUUAGAAAAACCAAUGGCAGUGACAGCAGAAGGCUGUAAAGAGAUUGUUAAGGCAGUGAAAGAUAAUAAUGUUAUACUUGUUGUAUGUCAUGUUUUAAGAUAUAUUCAAUGGGCAAAGAAAAUAAGAGAGAUCAUAGACAGUGGUGCUAUAGGAGAUGUUGUAAAUAUUCAACAUACAGAACCAGUUGGUUAUUGGCAUUUUGCUCAUUCAUUUGUAAGAGGAAACUGGCAUAAUGAAGCUAAAAGUAGCAAUUCCUUACUGGCUAAAUGCUGUCAUGAUGUGGAUCUUAUUAAUUAUUGGAUGGGAGGUCGAAAAUGUGAAAAAAUUUCAUCGUUUGGCCAUUUAUCCCAUUUUAACUCCAGUAACAAGCCUCCAGGUGCAGCUAAAAGAUGUCUUGAUUGUCCAGGAGCUAUAGAGUCUAACUGUCCUUAUUCAGCUAAAAGAUUUUAUCUGGAUCAUGUUAAAAUGGGUAAUACUGGAUGGCCUGUUAAUAUUGUAGCUGAUGUCCCAGAUAUAGAAAGUGUAACUGAAGGUUUACGUACAGGUCCGUAUGGUAUCUGUGUUUAUCAGAAUGAUAAUGAUGUCAUGUCAAACCAGAUAGUUAAUUUUCAAUAUGAGGGAGGGGAAACAGCUUCUUUAACAAUGAUGGCAUUUACCAAACGUGCUUGUGAUAGAAAAACUACGAUUUAUGGAACUAGGGGAGAAUUAAAUUUUGAUGAUGGCAAAUCAAAUGUUAUUGAAGUUUGUGACUUUGUUACAGGACAAACAAGUCAGCACAAACCUAAGAUUGAAGCAACCGUACUGAAAGGUCAUGGAGGUGCCGAUUUCUAUUUAAUGCAGUAUUUUAUUAAAACUGUCAGGGAGAAUAAGAAAGAAGAUCUAGUGACAGGUCCAGAUGAAACUCUAGCCAGUCAUCUGUUAGUUUUUGCUGCCGAGACCGCAAGAAAGGAAAACCGAGUCGUUUCUAUUAAACCAGAUGGAUCAUAUGCUUAAAGAAUAAGAUAUACCCAUUAGGUUCUUCAAUAACUAACGAGUCUGGAAUGGUUCCUCAAUCUUUUAAUUACUGGAACCUAUAUCUUACAUAUGUAUAACAAAUGGUUAUAAUUCAAAUACACACAAUGAGCAUCACACUUACAACACAGUGGAUGACUGGUGGAGCUGUUGCUAAUUAGGAUGACCUAAUGACUUGCCUGUCGAUUAUUCUUCUUCUUGUAAGGCUUAAUGUGACAAAAGAAUUGACUAACAAUCUAAUACUGUCUGGCCAUAAAGGGAUGGAUAUAUUGUAACACCUCAUAGGCAGAUACUAAGAUUAUGAAAGAAAGAAUUAGUGAAACGUUUCUAUUUAUUUUAGGUGCUUUGGUUUUAAUGAUCUUGCCAAGAUUUUCUUUUUUUUAAAAUAUUUAAAAUGAAUAUAUGUCUUGCCAAACAAUUCUGAUUUUCAUUUAAAAACAAUAACAACUUCUGUUCCACCAUAGUCUGUGUAAUAGUACAACUGUUAUUAUAUUAGUCUAAUGUAUUAUAUUUACCUUUGCAAUUUUAUAAUAUAUACACAAUUAUCUUGUCAUAUUUGUUAUUUUUCUAAUGAUUAUAUACACAAUUAUCUUGUUAUAAUUUUAUUAUAGUUGUUAAUUUUCUGAUGAUUAUAUUUUGGAAACAAAUGCAUUAUAUAUUGGUAAUUUUGUGAUAUAAUUGGGUGUAAAUUAAUUCUUAAUUGUUACUUUUUUUUAUACAAGUAUAUUUAUUUAAAAAAUUUAUAAAGGUAACUACAUUCAAUUUUAUCAGAAUUAAGCUGUUAAAAUUAGAAAAUGAAUUAGUUUGUUGUAUUUUGGGUAUUUGAAGGUAUUUUUAUAUGUUUACGUUUUCAUGUGGACGUAUGUAGUCAUCGCCCCUGUCCAUCUGUGUCCGUUCACAUUUGUUUCUGGACAGUCUACAGGUCACAAUUUUUAUAUAUGUCUAUCUCCCAAAGAUCCCAGCUCCGUUCAAAAUUGCCAUGUAUCGGACCGUAACUUCAUGAAUUAUGGCGCCUGAUUGUACGAAAAAUCACGUUUUUAGCUUGUGGACACUCUAGAGAUCACAAUUUUCUUCCAAUUUUGAUGAAACUUGAAAUGUAUGUUUAUAACCCAAGGAUUUCGGUUUCUGUCGAUAUUCGCACAUAUUGGACCGAAACUUUCUGGAAUAUGGCCCCUGAAUAUACAAAAAAAUCUCAUUAGUUUUUAGCCCAUUCUCUGGCAAAAUGUAGGCAUAACUUGCAUGACAACCACUUGUUUUAUUAGACAUUGUGUGAUGUAAUUGUGUUUUAAACUAUUUCCAUUAAAGGAGAUGGUUCAUGUGUUUUAGAUGUAUAUUAUUACCUGAGAUAAAUAAUGAUGACAGCUACUUAAUUGCAAGAGCCUUUAGAUAAAUUCUAGGUACCCCCUAUUCAAUACUAUCUGAUGUAUCUAUAUCGCCUUCGGAGUCCAAACCUGGUUAUGUUUUUAAUAAAUUCAAGUUCUAGUUUCACCAGUGACAUCCUUAAAUACAAUCUCUAAUUUAGUGUUGCAUUUGAAUGGGAGCAUCUAAAAUGUUUUAAAAAGUUGAUUCUAGUAGCUGUCAUAGUUAUAAAAUCUAUUUUUAGAAUAUAGAAAUAUGUCGACCAUCUCCUUUAAGGAUGUAUUCGUAUUAUAAAAUAUUUUUUUAUGAUUAGAGAUGUAUUUAUUCUAGGAUAUCUAUUUAUGCCUCUAUAACUUAAUUUUAUCAGAAAAUGGGGUAGAUGUAUUUAUUCUACAAAAUUUAGGAUAUCUAUUUAUGCUCCAAAAGCUAAAUGUUAUCAAAAAAUAUGCUUGUUCCAAUGAAUAGUGUAUAUUAAAUGAAUGGCCUCUCACUAUGCUGUAUAUUUGGCUUGAUAUUAAUGAAAUAAGAAGGUCUGCGAAUUUCCCAUGUGAAACAAUGGAAAAAAAGCAAUGAUAUUAAUUUUGAAAUGAAUCUUAAAAGGUAUGUUCCCAUGAGCAGGGGGCUAAUAAUUUAACAGAAAGUUUCACAGAAAUUUACGUUUAAAGGGGCUAAAUCGCUAAUAUUUGGGACCUAGAAAUUGAUACAAAUGGGACCCAACCCAUAUAAUAAUGUAAUAUGAAUGUAUUUAAACUGAUUUACAUUCAACCGUUAGUGCUUUUACUGUAAUUUCUAAAUAGUUAUGUUCGCAGAAAUAUGCCAGAAGUCUCAAUCGAAUGGCAAUUUCUAGCGUCUGGUUAUUCCAGUAUACACCGAUAAUAUUUAUUGCACAUACUCUCCAGAUAAGAAUAUGGGUCACUGUUUGACAUGACUUGUGCAAUAUGCCUAGCCUCGUUUCUCGAGUCCCUUAUGACAAAUAGUGCUGAAAAGCAUUAUGGUACACGAUUUGUGUACCAAUCGUAAAAUGUUUAUUUUGUCUUAAAUAUUAGAUAUCAGAAGUCCAUCUUUGGCCGGUAAGAUCAUGACAUCAAUGUUGAUUUAAAUUGACAAAAAAUUCAUGUUUUUAGUGUCGAAGAUUUUGGAUGAUAUUGAGUUAGAGACUUGGCUACUUUAAUGUCCUAACCGAAUUUGUUCGUUUUUGUUUGGGCCUUUUUUUACAGCUCAAUUAUCUUUUUCAGAUAUGGAUGUUUGAAAUAAUUCAUAAUUAUGCUCAAAUCACUACUUAUUGCACUAACAUUUGUUAAACUUUUAGUUGAUGAUUUGUUCAAUAUAUAUUUAAUUAAUUUUAGCAUUUGGAUUAUAAUAUAUUAAUAAAAGUUAAUGAAACAAUCA